AUGGCUAAACGAAGGCAGCUACCUACCAUUGAUCAAAUUGAGAGCAAGCUAGGAUACAAGCUUGACUACUUAGAUAAUGUUGAUGACGAUAUUCCCACAUUUUACUCCGAUCUUACGCCCGUCCCCAACAGCGCCUACGAGCGGGCUUUAAGGGAAUUUGACGUAGCCAGGAAGCAGGAACUUAAAGGAGCAGAUUCAUCGCAUGGACUUCCAAUUCUAGGUGCACCAAAAACAUCAUCAAUCUUCUUCAGACUGCCGAGAGAGCUCCGUGAUAGAAUCUAUAUGUUCUCCAUCCCUAGCUGCGAGUGGACGCUGGGAGAUGUUGAUCAGUUUAAUUCGACCACUUUUGCUGGGGCUUUAGGCGAUCCAACUGGCUUUUUCUUCCCGCUGAAUAAGGAUCUCAGCGUCCUCCUGGUCAACAAGCAAAUACGUCAGGAGGCACUUCCUAUUGCGUACCGCAAAACUUUCUUUCGUCUGGAUGAUAUAGACGAUUUUAUCAAAGUCAUUAUCUCUAUCGGGCAGAUCGGGCGAGCAAACAUUGAGUCGGUGGAGUUCUCUUGGGAAAGCCGAAGUGACCUCUCUUACCAAAUGGGCAAAUACCUUGAAUCCGACGAUAACAAUUCUCAUCUUCCUGCCCUCCACGUGCUGAGAUGUGUUCAACUCCUGAAGGAAUGCCGCAGGCUAGCAUUUCUCCGCCUUUAUUUCGAACCCGACUUGAUAUCAAACAUGUCGAUUGCUAGCUUUCAGGCUGACCCUGGCAUCCGUGAACUCUCUUCUGUUCGAGGAAUUCGUAGGGUGGAAAUUGGAACUGCUGUUUUCGAGCCACUAGACCAUUACGACUUCAUCAAAUGGCUCAAAGGAAAGAUGGAGUCCGGAAGUAAUACGUAGGACACGUGAUAUGAUACGAAAGUGUAGGAUGAUCAGUGACCUAGAGAUUCAUACUUACCAAGCGCAGCAUGGAAGCAUCACAUUACAGAUUCUUUACAGCUGUCGCUCUUGAUAAUUUAUCUACUUACAUGGCUCGAAGUAUAAAAACUUUUGUGUAGAUGUGACUUAAAUUCGAGGCUAUUCCGGAGAUGACAAGACGAUGUGCCCCCCCCACCCGCUCCCCGAAAAAUAUACCAAUAA